UCCUCAGUUUUUGCAGGACAACAAGAGGAGCGGGUACUUCUCUUAGUUGGACACUUGACCAAAGGGGGAACAGACCCCUUUGUACCGCGUCCGCCAUGUCAGACGACACAGUUUUCCACUCAGGAGAAAGUUUCAGCUCUACAAAUGAAAAACAGAUAAAGGGUCGAGAUAUUCUCUUCUCAUCUCCAGAGGAGGACAGCAGUCUGUAUUUUACUUACAGCGGAGGCCGCAAUGAACUGGAAGUCCGCAAUCUCAACUAUGAGGUGGACACAGCAGCACAAAUACCCUGGUAUGAGAAGCUUUCAGAGUUUAAGAUGCCCUGGGAGAUGCACAGCAAUAAGCAGACAGUCAUAAAAGAUCUGAACCUGCAUGUUCACAGUGGACAGAUGCUUGCUGUCAUCGGCAGCUCAGGCUGUGGGAAGACCUCCUUACUGGACAUCAUAACAUGUCGAGAUGAGGGUGGCUCCAUGAAUUCAGGAGAGAUCCUGAUCAAUGGGAAACCUUCCACACGAUCCCUGGUGAAAAAAAGCAUAGCUCAUGUACGGCAGGAUGACCGUUUGUUACCACAUCUCACAGUUCGAGAGACGCUAGCAUUUGUGGCAAAACUGCGUCUGCCUGCAAACUUCAGCCAAAAACAGAGAGAUCAAAGGGUGGAUGAUGUGAUUGCGGAGCUGCGUCUGAGGCAGUGCGCUCACACACGCGUGGGCAAUGAGUAUGUGCGAGGAGUGUCAGGUGGUGAGAGGAGGAGGGUCAGCAUCGCUGUACAGCUGCUCUGGAAUCCAGGUAUUCUCAUUCUAGAUGAGCCUACUUCAGGUCUGGACAGCUUCACGGCUCAUAAUUUGGUCAUCACAUUGUAUCGUCUGGCUCGGGGGAACCGGCUAGUGUUGCUGUCAGUGCAUCAGCCUCGCUCAGAUAUCUUUCAGCUCUUUGACCUUGUGGUGCUGCUGUCCUCUGGUUCAGCCGUGUACUGUGGUCAGGCCAAAGACAUGGUGUCUUACUUCACCACUCUCGGGUACCCGUGUCCACGCUAUUGCAACCCGUCCGACUACUACGUGGACUUGAUAAGCAUUGAUCGGCGCACUCCUGAAAAAGAAGCACAGUGUUUGGAGAAAGCCAGUAUGUUGGCGGCCCAGUUUUUAGAGAAGGUGAAGAACACUGAAGAUUUCAUGUGGAAAUCAGAAGACUGUGGUCCUCCGGCACUGGAAGCCCCUCAAAGCAGUGUUCCUUCUGUCUUGAUUAAAGACUCAGUGAUCACAGUUUCCAAACAGAAGGAUCGGCUGCCGGGAAAAGUGCAUCAGUUUACAACCUUAAUCAGACGGCAGGUAUUUAAUGACUACCGUGACCUGGUGACGCUGGUGGUUCAUGGUUUAGAAGCUUUGCUGAUGUCAUUGCUCAUCGGUUUCCUAUAUUUUGGGUGCACAGAGGAAGGUCUUUCCAUCCAAGAUACCGUGGCUUUGCUCUACAUGAUAGGAGCUCUGACACCCUUUGCUGUGGUGCUGGACGUCAUUGCGAAGUGUCAUUCAGAGAGAGCUAUGCUGUAUCAUGAGCUGGAAGAUGGCAUGUACUCUGUCACCCCAUACUUUUUUGCCAAGGUACUUGGUGAGCUGCCAGAGCACUGUGCCUUUACACUUGUAUACGGCGUGCCCAUCUACUGGUUGGCCGGGCUCAACGUCGCUCCUGACCGUUUUCUGCUCAACUUCCUGCUGGUUUGGCUGACAGUGUAUUGCAGCCGCUGCAUGGCACUAUUUGUGGCGGCAGCCCUGCCAACACUGCAGACCUCAUCUUUUAUGGGCAACGCUCUCUUCACAGUUUUUUACCUUACUGCUGGCUUUGUGAUCAGUCUGGAAAACAUGUGGAUGGUGGCGUCUUGGUUUUCCUACAUAUCCUUCAUGCGCUGGGGUUUUGAGGGGAUGCUGCAGGUUCAGUUUCGCGGGACCAGAAUCCCAAUCACUAUUGGAAACCUCACUGUAGAGUUUGACGGUAUUAAGGUUGUGGAGAUGAUGAAGAUGAACCAGUAUCCGCUGUUCUCCUGCUACCUGGUGCUUAUCGCCGUUUCUUUGGUUUUCAUAUUGCUCUAUUAUUUGUCCCUCAAAUUCAUUAAACAGAAAUCCAGUCAGGACUGGUGAGGAUGGAAUAAAUUCUGGUCCGUACUGGAGCUUGUUCUUGCCCUGAACAACAUGUAAAGUUCCCAACUAUAUCUUUUAAAACAAAUCGGUUAGUUGAGGCCAGUUUUCAACAAGAACCACAUAUAUCUGUUUCCAGUUUAUUCAGUGCACUGAUGCAUAUUCAGCGAAUUCCUUCUCUUGUUCUCACUUGAUUUAGUAGUUUGAAAGCUGACUAAAAACACUGAUCAAAUAGUGCGUUUUGUUGUACUUCCACUCUCUGCCGCUGGAUGGCAGGGUUGUACUAUAUUUUUAACAAUCUUUAAAGGGAUAGUUCACCCAAAAUUUUGAAUUUCCUUACCAUUGAAACACAUAUGGGAUGGAUUUCUUUCUUCUGUUUGACACGAAACAAUAAAAGAAACUCAAACAGGUUUGAAACAAAUAAAGGAUGAGUAAAUGACAGGAUUUUCAUUUAAGAUUGAACUAUCCCUCUAAUAUGUUGUUUUUGUUUGUUUGUUUUAUUUCAUUUUAUUUUUUGGUAAAUCACUUGAGAUCAUGUUUGUUAGAUACAUUUAAUAACAUUUACUGCAAUCCUUUAGUGUAAUUUGAUUUCAUUUAUUCUUUACUGUUAUAAAGCAUAAUCUUUUUGUAUGUAUGUGUAUAUAGAACAUUAUUAUAUAUUAUUUUGAAGUGUAGAAAUGCGAUGGCUUGUUGCCUGCGCCGGUGCAACCUUCUGAUCAACAUGUUUAGGAUUUUUAAUUUUUUAGGAUUUUUAAUUUCCACAUGUACGUUGUCGUAUUUGAUAAACUGCUUAAUCGUGAACAGAUUAAGCACGUUUGAGUCCUUGAAAGCGAUAAAUAAAAUGAACAAAAAACUACUGAUCUGAUGCUACAAACAUUACUUUAUUGAGCAAUAAAUAAAUAACCCAGAGUCAAUGACACAGGGACAAAUUUACACUGGAGAUAUUCCAGUCUUACUCAGGGACAUUUCACUUGUUUGGUCUUCAAUAGUGAUCUCUAAUAGUCUUCAUUUUGCCGAAAAAUCAAGCCAUUUUCCAAAUUUAUAAUUCAUCUGCAUAUCUAUAUU